AUGAAGUUCUUGGAAAAAGGAGAACUUGCUAAUUUCCGAUUCCAGAAGGACUUCCUAAGACCAUUUGAACAUAUCAUGAAAAGAAACAGGUCUCCUACUAUCCGAGACAUGGUUGUACGGUGUAUUGCACAGAUGGUAAAUUCCCAGGCUGCUAACAUUCGUUCUGGCUGGAAAAACAUUUUCUCAGUAUUUCAUCUGGCAGCCUCAGAUCAGGAUGAAAGCAUAGUGGAACUGGCAUUCCAGACUACAGGACACAUUGUCACAAUCGUGUUUGAAAAACACUUCCCAGCAACCAUAGAUUCUUUCCAGGAUGCAGUAAAAUGCUUGUCUGAAUUUGCCUGCAAUGCAGCAUUUCCAGAUACCAGUAUGGAAGCGAUCCGCCUCAUUCGCCACUGUGCAAAAUACGUAUCUGACAGACCUCAGGCAUUCAAGGAAUACACGAGUGAUGAUAUGAAUGUAGCUCCUGAAGACAGAGUGUGGGUGCGAGGAUGGUUCCCAAUUCUCUUUGAGUUGUCCUGUAUCAUCAAUAGAUGCAAAUUAGAUGUAAGAACCAGGGGCUUAACAGUAAUGUUUGAAAUAAUGAAGACAUACGGCCAUACUUACGAAAAACACUGGUGGCAAGACCUGUUUCGGAUUGUCUUCAGGAUAUUUGACAACAUGAAACUGCCAGAACAGCAGACUGAGAAAGCCGAAUGGAUGACAACUACUUGCAACCAUGCACUUUAUGCAAUAUGUGAUGUAUUCACACAGUAUUUAGAAGUACUUAGUGAUGUUCUUUUGGAUGAUAUAUUUGCACAGCUGUACUGGUGUGUGCAGCAAGACAAUGAACAACUGGCACGAUCUGGUACAAACUGUUUGGAGAAUGUUGUCAUCCUCAAUGGUGAAAAGUUUACCCUAGAGAUCUGGGAUAAAACUUGUACUUGCAUGCUGGAUAUUUUCAAAACUACAAUCCCUCAUGCGCUGCUGACUUGGCGACCAGUUGGUGGGGAGUUUGGCUCUGGCUCUUCCUCUGAUGCAAAAGAAAAACUG